AUGUUACAGGAUGAGGAGGACCCAUACCCUAUUGGGAGCACCGAACGGACCCGGAGACUUUCGCGGCACCCGCCUUUCCGACCGCUGCUCGGUGUCGUCAUUGUCGUCAUUGCCUCUCGAGUGCAGACCAUGACGCCCAACAAGAUGGCUUCGGUGCUCCUCCCGCUGCUGCUGCUGCCGCCGUGCGGCGGCCAGCCGGAGCCGCCCUUAGCCAGAUAUUUCUACAAUGCCACCGUCUACGAAAACUCCGCGCCCAGGACGUAUGUGGAGAGCCACAGCAGAAUGGGGUUCUACAUCGGCCUCUGGGGCUUCAUACCCACGUACUCCAUCGUAUCCGGGGAUGAGGGGGCCGGGUUCACGGCAGAGGGGUUGCACUUGGGUGAGACUUUAAUCUUGCGCAUCCGCACGGGGAAUGUGCCGUUGAACCGCGAGGAGCGCCCCGGCUACGUACUGGGGAUAAGGGCGGUCACCUGGAGCCGCCGUUGUCUGGCGUUCAUCACGGUCUACGUCCGGGUGAUGGACCGCAACGAAUUCAGCCCGCUGUUCUCGAUGUCAUCGUACGGCACGAGAGACUUAAAAGCGCCGGCGAGCACCGUCGGCCUCUUCGUCACCGACGACGCGCCGGCGGGCACCGUCGUCGUUCGCGUCGCCGCCACGGACGCUGACGAGGGCCCCAACGGGCGCAUCCGUUACGCCCUGGCAAAUCGCGUGUUCGCCGUGCACCCGACGAGCGGCGCUGUGAUGCUCGUCAAGAGGCUGAAGCCCGAUGAUUGGGGGAUAUACAUAUUGAAGGUGCUUGCUGUCGACAGCGGUGGCCUGUCCAGCUCGGCGCACAUCACGGUGUCCGUGUGCUUGACAAACCACGACUCCCCGCGUAUUGCCGUCGUCGCGACCCGCGAGCCGCGGGCGUCAUUUGCUAACCCCGCCGCCUCGUACGCCGAGCUCGCCGUGAAGGACGCCGAUAUCGGCCCCGCGGGGGAGAUCAGCGCCGUGGAGAUCAUCGCCGGCGACCCCCUCCGGGCGUUCUCCGUCACCCUGACGGACGGAGCCGACCCCGACUCGACCUACGCGGUGAGGCUCUCGGGGCGGCUAGACUGGGCGGACUUCCCCUUCGGGGUGAACCUCACCGUGCAAGCUCGCGACAGGGGGAGGCCGCCCAAUUACUCGGGGCCCGUCACGGUCACGGUCCGGGAGGGCGGCGCCGCCGGCGCGUUCGAGCGGAGCGUCUACACAGGUGCCGUCGAGCGGCGGUCUCCGCCCCGCACCGUCGUGCUCGCGGUCAGAGCCUCUUGCGGCGCGCGGAGCUGCCGGUACGUUGUCCGAGGUGGCGCCGACGGCGACUUCUUCGCCGUGAACCCCGCCACCGGGGUCGUCUCCGUCCGCAAGUCUCUGGCGGCGGUCGACAGACCCCGCCUCGCGUUCGACGUCGGUACCGACGUCGGCUCGGGCAUCGCCAGCGUCACGAUUGACGUCGUGUACUACAACGACCACGCCCCGGUCUUCGAGCGGCACAACUACUUCGCCUCGUUGAGGGAGGACGUCCCGGCGGGCACCUUUGUGCUCGUCGUGUACGCCACGGACAAGGACGAGGGGUACGACGGCCGCGUGACGUAUGGCCUGGCGGACUCUGACCCCGGCCCAUUCGCCGUUGACCCCUUCACGGGCAUCGUCGUCACGACGGGGCCGCUGGACCACGAGGAGACGGCGGGGGUCUACUGGCUGCACGUGCGAGCCUCGGACUGGGGGACUCCGUUCCGCCGGGAGGCGGAGGUGAUCGUGACUGUCCGCGUCGUCAACGUGAACGACAAUGCGCCCGUCUUUGUGAGGAACUGCGUGGGUCAGAUCCCCCGGGACCUCCGGCCUGGCGAGCCGAUCUUCACCGCAUUGGCCAUCGACGCCGAGCUCCAGCCGGUGCUCUACGGCAUCGCGUCCGGGAACGAGGGCGGCUUCUUCGCGCUCGACGACGCCCUCGGCGUCGUGACGCUCGCGCGUUCCCUCGCCGACGUCGCCGUCGGGCCGGUGGGGGCCUUUCACCUCGGCCUCACGGCCACCGACGGGGAGCUCUCGGCAGAGAUGUUCCUGAACAUCUCGGUCCUGGACGCCAGUCCCGGUUCGGGGCCGUCAUUGCGGUGCGUGGCGACGGGGAUUGUCCGGAGGAUGGCCGAGAUUCUCCACCGGGCGGACCAACAGCGAGACCGCCCGCGGCCUGUCGCCGCCAGCACCGUCAAUCGGCACGCGCCGGCGUUCGCCACCCCGGCGGCCGCCGUGGAAGUCCGCGAGGACCUGCCCGUCGGGGCAGAGGUCAUCCGAAUGGAGGCCGAGGAUUCGGACGACGGCUUCGAGGGGAAGCUGCUAUACGCCCUGACGGACGACGGGGCGAGCGGCUUCACCGUGGACGCAGAGACUGGCAUCGUGAGGGUCCUGGUGCCGCUUGACCGCGAGGCCGCCGCCUCCUACUCCAUGAACGUCGUCGUCCACGACCUGGGGACGCCGCGGCGUUCUGCGAGCGCCACCCUCCGGGUCGUCGUCUUGGACGUCAACGACAACCGGCCGGAGUUCUCGCGGCGCGCCUACGCAGCCCGGGUGCCGGAGAGAGUGCGGCCGGGCCACGAGCUGCUCCGGCUGGAGGCCGCCGACGGCGACGAGGGCGACGCGGGCUCCGUGCGCUACCGCCUGCUGUCCGACACCGACCUCUUCCGCGUGGACGCCGAGACAGGCGCCUUGGAGGUGGCGGCGCCGCUGGACCGCGAGCGGCGCGCCGAGCACGCGCUGCUGGUGGAGGCGUCGGACCUGGCGCCGGAAGAGAGCCGCCUCUCUUCCGUCGCCGCGGUGAUCGUGACGGUGGAUGAUGUGAACGACCACGCGCCCACGUGCGCGCCGAACCCCCUCCGCCUCCGUGUGCCCGAAGACGUCACGGUGGGGGCCGUCCUCGGCUGGCUGGACGCUCGAGACCCCGACGUGGGGCCGGCCGGGGAGGUGCACUACACGCUGGUUAGCGUGGACGGGGGGGACGGCACGUUCACGGUGCACAGGACGAGCGGGGCAGUGCGGCUGGCGCGGCCGCUCGACUUCGAGAGACGACGCCGCUACGACCUAAAGGUGGCCGCGCACGACAGCGACCCCAGGGGGCCACCGUCGACCAUCUGCCGGGCGACGGUGGAAGUGACGGACGUGGACGAGAACAACCACGCCCCGCGGUUCGCGGAUUCCAUGGACAGCACACGCGUGCCGGAGGACGUCCCCAUGGAGACCGCCAUCUUCACCGCCACGGCCACGGACCACGAUGAGGGUCUGGACGGGGAGGUGCGGUACUCCCUCGUGGGCGGAUCCGACCUGGGGGUCUUCAACAUUCAUGUGGAGACCGGGGUGAUUGUCACGACGCGGCCGCUGGAUCGCGAGACGGUGAGGAGCUACUGGCUCGAAGUGCGCGCUACGGAUCGCGGAGUCUUCCAACGCUUCUCCACACUGCACAUCUACGUGGAGGUGCAGACGUGGUACCAGGCCGACGCUAUGGAGAACUCUCAUUCCGUUAUAUUCCAAGUGAAAGCCUGGGACCCAGACAAGGACAGCGUGCCCCGGGGCAAGGGCCUCACGUUCAACAUCGUUAGUGGAGACCCACAGGGAAUGUUCACCAUAAACAAAACGUCAGGCGCCAUAUCUAACGUCCCCAACAAGUCGCUGGACAGAGAGACGCAGGCGGAGUACGAGCUGGAGGUGUCCAUCGUGGAUACCGGCGUGCCCCCGCGUGAAACGAGGGUGGCGUUGUCGGUGAACGUCUUGGACAGAAACGACCACACCCCACGCUUCCCCAGGGACCUCCAGCACGUCUACGUGGUGGUGGCGGAUGACGAAACGGAGGUGGAAAUCGCACGUUUCUAUGCCACCGAUGCCGACUCGGGCGACAACGCCAGGAUAGCGUACGACAUAUCGCCACAAAUAAAAUAUCGCGUGGACAGCUAUCAAGGAAUCGGAAUCCUCUUCACCCGGAGAAACUUGCACCGUGCGGGGACAUCCGACACCAUGGAGCUCACCGCCAUGAACAUGGAUUUGGACGCAAGAAAGGUGUCUACCAAACUGCGUGUGAAUUGGGUCGCCACUCCUCUGCCGCCGGAGACGCCCCCGGCCUUCGCCCAGAGUCGGCACGUGGUCACCGUGGCGGAGACGGCCACCGUGGGCUCCGUGGUGAUCGCCCUGCCCACGCAGAGCACGGCGGGGAGCCUCCUCUGGUUCAACAUCACAGGCGGUAACGUGGAGGACCGCUUCUAUGUGACGCAACAUGGCGGUGUUGUGGAGUUGGCCCAGCCGCUGGAUGCCGAGCAGCGCACCUCCUACGAGCUCACCAUCAGGCUCACCGACGGGACCAACGCUGCAACCACCCUGGUGGAGGUGACGGUGCUGGACGUGAACGACAACCGGCCCCGUUUCUCCCGUGGCCGCUACAAUGCGACCGUCGCCGAGGACUCUCCUGGCGCCGUCGUCAGCCUCCGGAUGGAGGCGACCGACGCCGACGCCGGCGACGCCGGCCAGUUAUCCUUCUCGCUCGUUGGCUUAGGCGGCAAUAACGCCGCCGAGAGCGUGCGUCUGUUCCGCAUUAACCCCGUCACCGGCAAGGUCACAGCUGCCGUGGCGCUGGACCGAGAGGCCAAGCAGAGCCACGUACUCACCGUCAUGUGCUACAUCUUCACCCAGCGCUCCUCGCAGUCCUGUGACAUCCGACGGCAGCUCGUAUCUGCACGCGGAGCUCUCUGCUCUCCGUCUUCUUCCGCCGGUCACACGGCCUUGUCCAGCGUCCACUGCUCCAUGAAGGCCGGCACGGCGUGGAUCGGCCACACCCUGGCACCGACCAGCACGAUAGAUGCUCGGGCUGCUGGCCGGACCACCUUCCUCACCCUGUAUAUGCCGAGCUUGGUGCAGGAUGCCAGGAUCCCCGUGAGGCGAGCGUACACCACGGUGGUGGUGAGCGUCAUCGAUGGCAACGACAACUGGCCCCUCUUCAACAGCUACCCCUACGAGGCCUACGUGGCGGAGUCGGCGGCCGUGGGCUCCGCCGUGAUACGCGUCGUGGCGUUCGACUGCGACGACGGCCCCAACGCCAACUUCAGCUACAGCUUCAAAUCCGGAAACGUGGGGAAUUCCUUUGCCGUCCACCACACGCUGGGCGUCGUCUCCGUGGCGCGGAAGCUGGACGGUUCCGUGGUGGAGAGCUACGAGCUGAUGGUGAGGGCGAAGGACCACGGGCGCCCGCAACGCUCCACGGUCGCCACCGUCCGCAUCGUCGUCAACGCGUACGGCGUUCCCCCCAAAUUCGCCUUCGGAGACGGCGGCGGCUCGGCGGAGGUCGCCGAAUGGGCCGCGCCCGGGAGCUUCGUGCUCGCGGUGAGCGCCUCCAGCUGGUCGACGGUCACCUAUGAAAUACGGGAGGGCGAUUCCGAAGGCGCCUUCGACAUCCACCCGACGUCCGGGGUCGUUGCCACCAAACGGCCGCUGGACCGCGAGCGGACGCCGUCGUACCGGCUGACGGUGCGGGCCACGGACGCGGCGGGCCUCUCGACGGACACGUCGGUGUCGAUCCGCGUGCUCGACGAGAACGAGAACGCGCCCGUCUUCGACCGCCCGCGCUAUCGCGGGGCCGUCAGCGAGGAGGCGUCGGCGGGAACCCUGGUACUGGACCCCGACGGCGUCCCGCUCGUCAUACGAGCCGCCGACGCGGACGACGGCGAGGGGCCCGCGACGGUCGCCUAUCAGAUCGUCGAGCGCGAAGCCAGAAAGUACUUCUCCGUCGACCCGCGCACGGGGGCCGUCAGGACGGCCGGGGCCCUCGACCGCGAGACGACGGCCGAGUUCCGCUUCCGGGUGGCCGCAUCGGACGGCGGCAGCCCGAGGCUGUCCGCCGAAACGCCGGCCGAGGUGACCGUCACCGUGCUGGACGCCAACGACUGCCCGCCGGCGUUCUCGACGGCCGCGUAUGAGACGGCGCUGAUCGUGCCGACCCUCGCCGGCGUCCGCCUGCUGACCCUGGCGGCCUCCGACCUGGACGUCGGCGCCGUGUUGACCUACCGCGUCGCCUCGGGAAACGUCGGCGGUGCGUUCGCCGUCGACGCGCGCACCGGGAACGUCGUGGUGCGGAACGCCUCCCUCCUCGCCGCCGGCUACGACCUGCGGGUCGAGGUGUCCGACGGGAGGUUCUCGAGCGCCGCGCGGGUGAAGGUCUCCGUGCUGGAGGCGGUCGACGGCAGGCUGCGGGUUCCGCCAAAGUACUCGGCGCGCGUCCCCGAGAACAGCACGGCGAUCGUCGUAGUCGCCGUGGUCGUCGCGACGGGGGGAGAUCUCAACGAGCCGCUCGUCUUCGGCUUGCUCGACCCGAGCGGCGCGUUCCGGAUGAGGCCGACGGCGGGCGUCCUGGAGACGGCCGGCGUCGCGUUAGACAGGGAGGAGCGCGAUCGCUACGAGCUGCUGGUGGAUGUGAGGGACGGCUCCCGGGCGCGCCCGAGCGUCGCUCACACCGUGGUCGAGGUGGACGUCGAAGACGUCAAUGACAACGCCCCGGCGUUCGUCGGCCUGCCGUACCGCGCCGUCGUUAGGGUGGCGGCGGCUUGGGGGAGCGCCGUGCUCACCGUGGCGGCCCUCGACCGGGACGUCGGCGAGAACGCCAGGGUGAGGUACUCCUUGAGGGAUGGCCACGAUGGCCGCUUCGUCAUCGAUCGCUCCGGCGGCAACGUCUCGCUAAGGAGGAGAUUCGCCCCGGACGCGUCGGGCAAGGACUUCGUCGUGACCGUGGUGGCGACGGAUUGCGGGGUUCCUCCGCUGUCGUCCGCGGUCGACGUCACGGUCACGGUGCUCGACGAGGACGCGCCGGCGUUCGAGAGCCUCUCCCACGUCGCGUGGGUGCCCGAGGACGUCGUGCCGCCCGCGCCGAUCGCUCACGUCCGCGCAACGGCUCCGGGGGGCCCGCCUCUCGUUUUCUCCAUUGUCGACGGCGACCCCUUCGACCAGUUCUCCGUCGACUUCGGCACGGGCGUCGUGAGCGUCGUCGGCCCUCUGGACCGCGAGACGCGGGCCAACUACCGCCUCGCGGUGCGGGCCGCAUCCCCGGCGACGGGCCUGUACGCCGACACGAGCCUGGACGUCGUCGUCGGGGACGUCAACGACAACCGGCCGCUCUUCGCGCGGGGCGCUUACGCCGCCACGCUGUCCGAAUUCGCGCCCCCGGGGACCUCCGUCGUCCAGGCGAGAGCCGCCGACGCCGACUCGGGCUCCAACCGGGCGCUCCGCUACGAGAUCGUGGACGACGGGGAGAAGGGCGGCGAGGGAUUCCACGUGGACCCGGACGGCGGGCUGGUCGUGACAACGGCGCCCCUGGAUCACGAGCGAAGCCGGCUUCAUCGUUUCUCGGUGCGGGCGACGGACGGCGGCUCCCCUCCCCUCGCCGCCUACGUUCCGGUGACCGUCACCGUCGAGGACGAGAACGACAACGCCCCGGUGUUCGAGCGGCCGCUGUACGAGGCGUCCGUGAACCGGCUGGUCUUGGCCGGGCACUUCGUGGCCGCGCCGAGGGCGUUUGACGCCGACGCGUCGGACGCCCACCGGCUCCGAUACGCCAUUGUCUCCCCCUCCAGGGACGACAUUCGUGAAUCAUAUCGCGACAUCGAGACCAGCUUCGCGAUCGACGUCGAGACAGGCGUCGUCUCCGUCAUCGGCGACAGCCUGCGAUUAGGCCUCGGCAAGCUGCCCGCCCUCUACCGCUUCCGGGUCUCGGUCACGGACGGAACGUUCGUCAGCGUAGCCACGGUGGCGGUCGACUUGCUGCCCGCCUUCGAGUGGCCCAAGUACGCGAUGGAGAUCCCCGAAAACUCAGAGGCAGGGACCCCGGUGGUCUUGCGGCGGGCCAUGGACGCCGACGCGAGCGGGCGCAUCUUAGGGAGGGCGCCCCCCGCCGAGGUGAUCUUCGCCACGGGCUACGCCAACGACCGCCCCCCGCGGUUCUUGGACUCGGUGGUCUACGUCCGCGUGCCGGAGGACGCGGAGCCCGGCCUGGCGUUGGCCGUCAUCCGGGCGGACGACGCGGACGCCACGUCAGAACACCUGCGGCUUACGUACCACCUGACGGGCGGCGACCCGCUGGGCCACUUCUCCCUCGGCCCCGUCAACAUGGGGGGCGAGUGGACGCUGCGCCUGGAGCGGCCGCUCGACCGCGAGGAGAAGGAGUACCACAUCUUGCAGGUGACAGCCACGGACUGCACCUACGCGAGGACGGUCGUCGUGGUCGUCAUUGUGCUGGACGUCAAUGACAAUGACCCCGUGUGUGACAAGCUGUGGUACAACGUCACCGUGCUGGAGGAUGUCGCGCCAGGAUUCUUCAUGCUGAGCGUUUCCGCCCGUGACUCCGACCUCGGCCCUAACGGCACCGUCAGAUACUCGCUGCACGACGCCGGAGCAACGCCCUUCCGCUUGCACCUCGUCAGCGGGAAGCUCUUUACGCGGGCGCCGCUGGACCACGAGGCCGCCCCGGUCCACGCGCUCACCGUGGUCGCGAACGACCGGGGCGGCCGCUCCUGCCGGGCGGAGGUCCUCGUGAGGGUGGAGGACAUGGACGACUCGGCCCCGCGCUUCCUCGCGGGGUCGCCCCCCCGUGCCGUCGCCCUGCGUUGGCGCCACGCCGGCGUGGGGACGGCGGUGACGAGCGCGCGCGCCGUCGACUCCGAACUGGGCCGCCGCCGCAGGGUGACUCACUUUCUGCUGGACUCGGCCGGCUACCGCUUCGCCAUCGAUGUCCGUUCGGGCCUCAUCGUCGUCAAGCGUCCGCUGGAGCGCCGUGCCCUCUACAACCUCACGGUGCUCGCCCGCGCCGGGGGGGGGGGCUCGGCGCCUUCCGCCACCGCGGCGAUUUCCGUGUCCCUCCGUGACGACGAUGACGUCGCCACCCCGGCGUUCCGGCGGCCGGCUUACCGCGUCACCGUGCCGGAGGACGCGGCGCCGGGCACCACGGUCGUCACCGUGGCGGCCACCUUCGGCGGGGCGGGCGCGCCGAGCUAUGGCAUCGCCAGCGGCAACGAGCUCGGGGCGUUCGGGAUCGACCGGAGGCUCGGCGUCAUAAGCGUCGUGGCGAGGGCCCUGGACUACGACAAGCGCCGCCACCACUACCUGACGGUGUGGGCCGCCGCCGCCAGCGACGGCGACGGCGACGACGCCGGAGGGGCGGCGACCUCGCCGAGCGCCGUUACCGUGGUGACCGUGGACGUCACCGACGAACCGCGGUUCGCCGCGAAGAGCGCCGUCGUCGGGGAGGAGGACGCCCUGCCUGGUGACGCCAUCGUCACGAGCGGAGCAGCCGGCGACGCCAGCAGCGAGGAGGAGGAGUAG